ACAUUCCCUCGACUUGCGGAUCUGUCGUGCAGUUUAGUUUUUUUUUUCAGAAAGCUAGAAAGAUGGUUUUUUUUAACGUUAAAAUAAAUUAAGACCGGUUUUUAUACGUAUUGUUUUCUCGGCAAAAAGGAAGACUCGAGUCGUAACACGUUGAGUGGGGAAGGGGAAGGCGAGUUCACGUGUUCACUUCCAACAUUAGUUCACGUAGGCUGGGUUACAUCGACUGCAUGGCCGGCAACAGGAUGAAGCUGGAGCUCUCCCGAGUGCUUCAGGGAGGUAGUCGUCUGGGUGUGUUGAAGGGGCUUGGCAGGACGGGACAACACGCUCUUGACGUCCCGGGGUGUCUGUUGUACACACACUUCGGGACGGUGCCCCACCUUACCCAGGACACACUGCACAGCCUCAGCAACCUACCGUCCGUCACACAGGUCACCCUGUCCAACAUAGCAGAACACCAGGAAGUGAUGGAGGAGUUUAAGGACGGAUUCGUCAAGUUUUCAGGUCUUCAUGACACUGUGUUGUAUUGCUCUCUGCACGACCCUGCGACCCAAUGCCCGACAGGUUACACCACAAAUAAGACGGUGUCAGUGUGGGGCAGCGGUGGGCGAAUAGAGCUGACAGUGGACAAGUUCAUGGCGCUCCAGAAGGCUGUGAAGCCAGACUGGUACCAGAGCAUGGCAGAUGGAGAGACCUGGCAGAGCAACACCUCCCGGAAAAGGGUCCGCAAGUCGGUGGAUCGAACUCUGGCUCACUUGGACGAGUGUCUGCUCGUGCACCAGAAAUCACAGGAGUUGGAGGGAGUGGAGGUGUUCGGGGUUGUGGAGGGGGGAGACAUCCUGGAAGAGAGGCUGCGCUCAGCCAGAGAAACUGCCAAGAGGCCUGUGGCUGGAUUCUGCCUGGAUGGCCUUCAAAUGGGGGCAAUUGAGCAGAACCUGAGGACCCAGCUCAUCACAGCUGUGACCAAAGAGCUGCCUGAGGACAAACCCAGACUGCUGCAGGGCGUAGGACGACCUGAUGAGGUGCUGGCGUGCGUGGAGGCCGGCGUGGACCUGUUUGAGAGUUUCUUCCCCUUCCAGGUGACGGAGCGGGGCUGCGCUCUCGUCUUCAGCUUUGAUAUCUCCCCGGAUCCAGAGCGCGCAGGUAGAGCGCCCCCUAAAGUGCUGGAGCUGGACGAAGAGAGGAAUAGCAUGGAGGAUAAGCAACAGAACGGAGAUCUGAACCUUGAUGAUCAAACACAGAUGACAUCCUUUGAGAUCAAUCUCAACGACAAGAGGUACCAUGACGACUUCAGACCCCUGGUGGAGGGGUGUGGCUGCUACUGCUGCAAAAACCACCAGAGGGCAUACCUACACCACCUGCUGGUGACCAAUGAACUGCUGGCUGGAGUCCUGCUCAUGAUCCACAACACGGCCCACUAUCACGGCUUCUUUGGCGCCCUCAGAAACGCUCUGGCCAUUGAUGAAAUGGACCUCCUCAAGAGACGGGUACUUAGGGAGAGAAAGGACUUGGACGGAUAAAUCAGAGAACGAUAGCAGAAUGAUUGAUCUAGCUGUUCCUCAAAAGAUCACUGCACUCCGCCAGAGGCAAACAAAGCUCUAUCUCGCUCUUCCCAGUUCAUUCAGGAUCAACUGUGAUACGGCAGAUCCCUUGAGACCGAGUCACUCUGUAUGUCGCAUACAGAGUAAAAAUAAAGAAGUGGAUGUAUAGAGAACAGAUAAAAACAAGAGAAAAAUGAUUGUCUCUUGAGGAGGGCUUAUGUAUUGAUCUGAGCUGAUAGCCAGGAAUCAGAGAGCGGCUUUUUGGGGACAGAGAGGGAAAGAAGCAGGGUGAGAGGUCGAGAGGAAUCUGCAUAAAGAAACAAUGUGAUGGAUGGUGGUGGAAUAUCGACUUCGAGCGGGUCUCCAUGUGCCUCCUGUUGUUGUCUGAUUGCUGGUCAGCGGCUGACUAACAUCCUUCGGACUCAUUAGCAUAACAGCAAAGACAAAGUAAAAAAUAUUGUUGAGUUUUUAAAGAGUGUAAAAUUGAGUGAUAGAUGCUGAUCAUCUCCUGUUUUAUAUUAAAAAUCCAAUCAUAU